AUGAAAAGACAGCGUUCCGAAGCCGACGUUCAUCGGGCUGCGGAUGGUUCGGAUCUCGUGACGUUCAACGUGAGCGGAAAGAUCUACACCGUGCUGCGGGAGCCGACGUUGAGUCUGCAUCCGAACUCGCUCCUGACGCAGUUGGCAGAGGAGAAGGGCAAUGAGAAGGAGAUUUUCGUGGAAGGUGACCAAGAUCUCUUCAAAUACGUCCUUGAGUACCACCGCGAUCGGAAAAUCCUCCUGCCCCCCAUGAUCUCAAAGGAAGCCGUGCUGCGGGAGGUCAAGCGAUUUGGCCUCGACCUGGCGCCUGAAGAGAUCGUGGAGGAUGGCGUUUGCCUUCCCAGCGUCAGGGCAAAGACAAAGGUAGAAAAAGACAGACUUGUAAAAGAACGGGGAAUACAUACAGCUGCGCUCCUGGCGAACCUGAUUGUGCAAAAAGCGCUGGAAAAGUCAAUGGCACCUGCGGUUGGCACUGUGCAGGUCUCUUCGCAGGAAGCUUUCGAGUUACUUUUCCCUAUCCAGUUUCCUGAAGACAAGUGCAAAGGGCUUAAAGAGGUUUUUUAUAAAUCAGUGAGCUGUGUCUUCCUUGGCUGCGAGACGGCUCACGUCCUCGAGUUGCUGAACGCUUGGGCACGGUCAUUUGGCUACGAAGCACGCAUUGAAUUCCAUCAUCCCGAUCAUUUCAUGGCCAGCUUCACGCCAAUCGCCUGA